AUGACAGAACCCGAGGCAACCCGGGACGGCCUCUUGCAAUGGUGGCCCAAGGUCCCAAACGACAAGACGGACAGCGUGGAAUGGCGGCUCGACGUCAUCACGCUGCUGGCCGUCAUCGGCGAGUCGUCCAUGGCGGAGCACUCGCAGGCCAUCACCGCCUCGAGCCUGUGCCUGCUGCCGCGCAUCCUCCCCGCGCCCCAGGCGCUCCUCAAACCCUCCAGACCGCAGAGGAUGCCGCAGACGCCAGCCAAGGUGACGGGCGUGCAUAGCGGCGUCGUCCUGGACACGGUCGGCUUCUUCGCCAACAUCAUCCACCCACUCGACAAGCUCCAGCCGUUUGAGUUUAGGAUACUCCGUAUCCAACACACCCAUCUCGUGCCUGAGGAAAGGCGUUCUGCGUCUGUGGCGGCGGCGGCGGCGGCUGGUGGUGGUUUGCUUGGAAAAGUCCGUCAGCUGCUGCGGCGUGAGCCUGUUUCUAGGAACAAGACAAAAGAGUAUGAACUGCAAGAGGGAUUCGGUCCUAUGCAAGACGACAACACCGAGCGAACAGGGGCUACAACCUCCAUGGACGGGCGGCGCGUGGCCGAUCCAGAGCAAGGCAUGCACCGGCGGCAUACCAAACGGGAAAGGCUCACCGAUCUUGUGUCCAACCCGGGUCUAGUGAACCGAGCAGAGAGGCCGGCGGUCCCGGCGGCGCUCUUCAGUCCGCUGCACGUCCUGGCCGUGUUCAGCAUGCUGCUCACGGUGGCGCUGCUCGUCGGGGCGCGCAUCUGGACCGACGGGCCGGCGACCGUGGCGGUCGCCCUCAUCAGCCUGCAGAGCAGCCUCGUGGGCUACGCGAGCUGGUGGAAGCCGGUGUUGAUGCUGCGCACGCACCACCACGCGGUGCCGCGCGGCGACGUCAUGAUCCGCACGCGCGAGGGCGCCUUCGUGCUGGUUCGCUGCACCGAGGACGUGGCCCGCGAGCUGUACACGGCCGGGACCGAGGAGUGCAGGUACCGCGUCGGCGAGAGGUGGUACCGGUUCAUGAUGGGACUGGGCACCAUGAUGCUCAUGCUGUCAACCGUGCUGCUGGGCAACUGCUCCUGGUACAUGCAGCUCUUUGUCGGCUCCAGCUACAUCUGCCUGAAUGCAAUGUACUGGGCUAUGGGCAUGCUGCCGCGAAGCUUGUUCUGGGACUUGAGCCGGUACACAUGUGAUGAAGAGACGCCGCCCGGGCUGCGGGGGGCGCACUUGUCCAGACGUCAGCAGCAGCAACUGCAAGAGGAAGGUGGUGGCGGCGGCGGCGGCGGCGGCGGCCACGACGACUCCGACGACGGUGACGGUGACAGACUUAUCCACGAUGAUGAAUACGAGCAUAUCCCCAGCUUCACGCGGACGCUGUGGUAUGCGAUCCGGGCCACCAAGAAGACGGGCUGGGUGUUGCGCAGCGGAGCGGCACCCAUGACGGACGAGUGGAAGAAAUGGCUUGACGAGGCCGAGGCGGCGGCGCAGGACGAAGAGAAGGCAAAGGCGUGGAAGGCCGUCAUUCGCAAGAAGCAAAUAAUCGCCCACGGCGCCGGCGAUCAGGAGCCGGCCCAAACGGGGGCCGCAAUCCCGGGGCUGAGCGACCUGGGGAAGCAGCAUGCACCGCUCACUGAGGUUCAGGGGCUUGCCCCUGGGUCAAGCGCGGUGCCUCUCACGGACCAUCUAUGA